AUGUCCGAAUUUGUCCAUGAUCGAGCGCCCAAGACCAAUGACACUUCGUUCCAGUAUCCCUUCGCCUCAGCGCCAGACAUCAUCCGAUCACAUCAGAAGGAUGCCUACUUCCAGGGCGUCUUGCUAGAGCGCCUUUCUUCCGUGCUACGGAAUCUAUAUGGCGCUCGCUUUGCCCAAACACACAUGACCGGAACGCGCACUUUCGCCGACCUGCUGUACCUAUCCUUGACGACUCUGGCUGGUAAUCGCACAUUGGGCGAGGAGUAUUGCGACAUUGUUCAGGUCGAAGACGACACACUGCGCCUUCCGAGCGUAUUUAGAAGAGGAGGUUACAUACUCGCCAGCGUUCUACUGCCAUACGGUCUCACUAGGAUCCUACCAGCCUUUCGAAGGAAGCUGCGCGCAAAGUUGGAAGCUUCCCUACGGCGACGAAACAGUAAGCCGGAUCAGGCGUCCUCGUGGGUGACCAAUCUACAAUCUUACAUUCUGAGGAACCUCGACACCAUCACUUCCCCUUCGCCGAUACACGCUCUCAGUCUGACAGCCUUCUACUUUACCGGUGCAUAUUACCAUCUUGCAAAGCGAUUGAGUGGUCUCCGGUACAUCUUCACAAGACGUCUUGAUCCCAGCGAGCAACGCAUCGGCUAUGAAGUGCUCGGCGUAUUGUUGGUCCUGCAACUCGGUGUCCAGGCCUAUCUCCACGCACACGAGACUUAUUCUUCCGUCCCUGUCAUCAGCAAUGCCGCAAGUCUAGGCGGAGGAAGCGCCGUACUCGACAAUGGCAUCGAAGUCUCGCUAGACCCACAUGCCUACAGCUCAAACAACGCCUUGCUGUUUGAAGAUGGCAAUACUCAACGCGACACCUCCACUCUACACAGCAAGAUCUCUAGAAUGACACAUACUCCUCUGCCGCCGUCAGACUCGGAAGCUGCUAUCCUCAACCUCGAAGACGAAGAAAAGCUUGCUUGGAUAGAGAGCAGUCAACAGAGAAAGUGCACGCUAUGUCUGGAGCCCAUGCGCGAUCCUAGUGCCACCACCUGCGGUCAUGUGUUUUGCUGGACUUGUAUAGCAGAUUGGGUGAGGGAGAAGCCUGAGUGCCCGUUGUGUAGACAGGCUGUUAUGGCGCAGCAUAUACUGCCACUCAGAAGCUAG